AUGGCUUCUUGUUGUCCGCCUGACUCAUGGCCGCGUGCUGCAGAGGACGGAUACAAGGCGACGGGCGAGCUCAGCACCAUCGGUGAUUUGCCAGUGUACAUCUCUGGCAAGCCUGGCCCUCGUGCCAUUAUCGCUUUUCAGGAAGUGUUUGGUCUGAGCUCGAACAUCAAGCGGAUCUGCGACAUCCUGGCUCAGGCAGGCUUUUUUGUGGUUUUCGUGGACAGCUUUCGUGGCGACACGCUUCCAGAGGAUGGUUCUUUCUCUAAGAUGACCUUCACGACGGACAAGGCGGGUCCAGACGUUCCUUACACCGGGCUCGUCCUCAGGGCCCUUGAGAGCUUGAUGUGUGGUAUUUGGCCGGCCUGUUUGGAAGGAAUGCGGAUCAGCAACAUCCGUCAGGUCUUCACAUUCAUGAAGAAGUACCCAUGGGAAACUUGCAUCCGAAAGGACACUGAGAUGGUCUUGGCAUGGCUGCGUGAGAAAGGCUGCACAAGCGUUGGCGCGAUUGGCUUCUGCUGGGGAGUCUGGGCAUUUUGCAAAGCAUCCUCGGAAGGUCUCCCCUUGAAGGCUGGGGUCGGCCCACACCCCAGCAUCCAUGUGGAGAACUCUGUAUUCAGUGGGAGCGAGAUGGGGAUGAUUGAAAAGGUCCAGAUGCCGGUGCUGCUGCUCCCUGCCGGCAACGAUCUGCAAACAUACAAGCCCGGGGGGAAAGUCGCUACGGCUUUGGAAAAGAAGGGUGGCGCCUGUCACUUGUACCCUGAAAUGCGGCAUGGCUAUGCUGCGCGAGGGAAUCUGACACUGCCAGCCGUCAAGAGUGCCAACCAGGAAGCACAGCGGCUGGUCUUUCGGCUUCUUCCUGGUCCGUACUGGAGCCUACUGCAGAGGCUGGAUCAGCUGGCAGAGCCCCUGGCGAUACGAACUGCCAAGGGGGAGCGGCCUACGAAUGACGACAUACGCAGAUUGGCGAAUGUCAUGUACGAAACUGAUCAAAUCAAACGUGGCAGCAUGUGGGACACCGACAUGACGGACCAGGGUGCUCGCAUGUGGGGCGAGCUGGCACAUGACGAAGCCCUGCGCAUAGCCAACUCCUCAGCCAAGAGGUCAGCGUUGUCCGCAUAG